AUGAACAACAAACCUCAUAACCUUACUGUACCUACGAGCGAGGGAUUUGGUGUGCGAUUUCUGAAUGAAAAAUGGAAUGACAGCAUCUCAAAUGGCCAUCCAUUUACGAUCAGGUGGAACGAGUCCUUAAAUGACGCUCUAUCUCCAGGGCUUGGGCUCUUUAAGAUUACAUAUCCCAGAAAUGGAGUUGCUGCUUACGAGCUGAUAUCGGACUUGACAGAUGACAUGAACAAUGAAAAUGCAACCUGUUUGUGGACGCCAGACCACCUUGAUGAUGAGUUGUAUACGCUGUGGCUCACAUCGUCUCGGGAUGCUCGGUCGGGUUGGACAGCUUCUCCUCCAUGGAGACUUACUGAAUCUCCACGAUACCCUCUACACUGGGCUGCCCCUAUUGUCAUCCCCAUUAUUGUGGUAUUGGCUGUCUAUACACUAGGCCUUACUGCCUGCAUCACAUACCGACGGCAUAGAAAGGCUAAACGCGAAGAGAAAAGCAAUGGAGAUCAACUUGGCAAAGAAAAAGCCAAUGAGGAGCCAUCAUUCUUCAGCGAUGGAGAUAGGCAUCCUUCUGUUGAUACAAUGGUCACAUUAGAGAGCCUUGGCGACUCGAUUAAGGCGGAUAAGCAGAAAAUAUGGCUCCUGACACAGUCUGCAUCAGGGUCUCUUCUAUUAUCCUCCCCAACCAGCAGGAAGAACUCGGAUGCGACGUUGGUUUCCCCCACAGCGCUAUCCUCCGACCCCCUUCUCAUUUCCCCCAUCAGCUCAUAUCCCCGAGAUCGAAGGGCUGUCGUUGCUGGUAGACAGGGACACUCGCUAAGAAUCAUUAUACCGUCUAGCGAUGAACAGGACUGA